UACCCGCGUUUGGCGGUGUUAAUGUCAAGCCCUGGUCAUAAUACCAUAAAUUCAAAUAUUAUAAUUCACUUACUGCCAGCAAAAAUGAGCCUUGGUUUGUGCUCUCUGGAAGAGAAAAGCCCACUUGCAUAUCGUUGUUCAGCUCGUCUUUUUUUGUCUGUAAUUUACAACUUUCGGCGGGGCAAAAGAUCACGUUGCUGUGCACGAAACAGCAUCUCGAAUGCACACCAAAAAUUAGUGGCGACAACGAUCUGUGAACUAUUGUGUUAACGACUGUGUAGCUGCUUUGUUUGUUGCUGGAGGACGCGUGCUUUACAAAAACGGUGCUGUACUAAAAGGUAAAUUAUAGUUUGCCUCAAAUUUUUUUUAUUUGUGUAUUUAUUUAAUGUGUAUUAUUUCUUCCCCAAGCUCAUAAAAUAAAUUUGGGUCGCACAUAAAUUGGCAGGGUCGGUCGGAAACCGGAACCAAACAAAAUUUUUUUUUAGGCCUAGGGAAAACACAGAAAUGUUUGGUGGCUUCCCUGUUUGGUACCAUAGGAAUGAGUGGGUCUAGGCUAAAUGCUAACACAUUCACGACGCGCUGUACAGUGCACGCAUUGAAAAAAGAUAGAUAUGUAUUAAUUCGUCUAAGUUGAGGUAAUAACAUAGUUUAAUAUGGCAAAAGAGUAGACUAUUCCUUUAAGCAAUAUCGCUCGAGUAGGAGUGUGAUAUAGCUCUAUAUCAUCACGGCUGUGAUUAGGCCAGAGGCACACGCACAAAUGAUCUUGUAAUACCACAGUCUCUGCAAGUAUACUCAUAAAAACAGACAUUUAUAAGUGAGCAGUUGAUCAGAUGUGUCAGUGUAUAGACUUUUUGCGAGUCGACGUCACACGCGCAUGUGGUGGCAGAAAAACAGUGGAAAAUGAAUGAGACACGAGUGAAACGAACAAUAUAACUCACUAGAAAAUGAUGUGUUGUGCUGUUGAGUGUCAGAAUAGGAAUGACAAAAUAGAUGACCUUCAUUUUUAUAGUAUACCGUCAUCAAAGACACCAUUUGAAGAUAAACGUAGGUGUUUAUGGUUGCAAUAAAAGCCCUCAACCGGACAGACUGGAGUGAUGAAAUCAUCUGAAAAUCUUUUAUAAUUUGAAUAGAAAAUAAUUAGAGAAGAUAUCCGGUGUUCUGUCGAAGUCUGAUUCCUAUAUGUGUUUCUUAUAGCGUUUUCAUCAUGUUACGUUUAUAAUUUAUUUAGAAAGAUUAAAGAUUUGAAUUAGUUCAUAAUAUCAAUAAUAUUACAAUUUAUUAAAGUUUUCGUAUUUUUUUCGUUUUCUAUUACUUCUUUUUACCUGAUAUCUUAGCCUAUGUCUUCUUCCUGUUUGUUCUAAAUUAUGAUGUUUACUAAUAAAUAGUAAUGCACCGAUGUAUCGGCCACCGAUAUUUAUCGGCCGAUUUUUGAUGAAUUUGAAACCAUCGGCAUAUCGGCAAUAGCACGAGAAAGGCCGAUACCGAUUGUUUAUUAAUUAACUGCAUAAAGAAAUCCAUUAUAUGUAAAAAAAUGAGUUAAUGUUGUUAAUAAAAUAAAUGCUGAAUAGCAAAAACCACCUUUGAAGGUUGUCAUGCUGUCUUAUUAUAUUUGUUUUAGCUUAAUUUGUGCCUCUCUUAUUAUGUUGGUCAGUUAUAUGUUAAUUAGAUCCAAUCCAUUUUCGGUAAAAAUAAUUUGAUGCAGAAAUAAACUAGCUAAUAGACCAACUGUAUAGUAUUGUAUACAAGUGUUUAAUAUCGGUAUCGGCAUCGGACAGAAGUUGUCUGUUUAUAUCGGAAUCGGUAUCGGCCCAAAAAAAUCCUAUCGGUGCAUCCCUACUAAUAAAUAUAUAAACAUAGCACACGCACACACGUAAAGUGUUAAUAAUAUAUAAACAGGCCUAUACAAAUUCAUUUGUAUGUAAACAUAAUAGUUUUAGAUCAAACACGUAGGCUAAAAAUAUAAGAAAUUGAAAACAGGAAAUGAUGAAAUAUUUAAUAAAUGAUAUUAUACAGCAUACAUGAUAGUAUUGCUCUUAUAAGUACUUCAGCGAUGACCAAUAAAGAACAAUACAUAUACAUUACAUACAUGCACACAAUUAGUAGCCAAGCCAUUUAAACUUUUAAUUUAUAAAAAAAGUAACAUAUCUUGGUGAAAACUAGGGAUGCACCGAAUGUUCGGCAACCGAAAUUAUUCGGCCGAAAAUAGCCAAAAAACGCAUUUUCGGUGUUCGGCCGAAUAAGUAAAAAGGCCGAAUAAAUUUUGCCGAACAAUGACGUUUUUAAUGACGCAAUCAAACCCGCGUAGAGUGAGAGGCGGGCGCUUUAUGCAGCAAACAUGUCAGCAGUGUGGAAGCACUUUAAAGUGUCAGAGAAAGAGGCAAAAACGGCCGUUUGCAGACAUUGUUCUGCUGAAUUGUCCAGAGGGGGUGCAUCUGCAAAAACGUACAGCACUUCAAGUUUAAUUUAUCACUUAAAAUCAAAACACCCCGAACAUCAUGCAGAGUACGAGAAAGACACGGCGGCGGCAACGGCAACAGCAGCAGCGAAAAGAAAAGUAGCUCCCGGUCCCACACCCACUCCAUCUGUGGCUGACUUCUUAGAAAAGGCAAAAAAGUUUGCCAAUGACAGUGCCAAAGCUAAAGGUAUUACUAAAAGGAUAAUGGAAUUCAUCGCAUUGGAUGAUCAACCAUUCUCUGUUGUAGAGGAUGUUGGAUUUCGCAGGCUUAUAGACUAUAUUGAGCCCCGUUACACCAUCCCUAGUAGACGGCAUUUCUCAGACGUGUGCUUACCUGAGAUGUAUAACGUCAUUUCAACUAACGUCCAUGAGCUUUUGGCUACAGAUAUUGCAGCCCUCAGCUUCACGACUGAUAUUUGGAGCUCUGAUGUGAGCCCCACUAGUAUGCUGAGUUUAACUGCGCAGUGGAUCGACACAGAUUUUAAGCUACAAAAGAUUGUGCUUCACUCACAAGAGUUUAGAGGGUCCCAUACAGCUGUAGCCAUAUCUGAGGCGUUCGCCAACAUGUUUGACACUUGGCGUAUCGACCGAUCUAAAGUGCAUGCGGUAGUAAGUGACAACGCAAGAAAUAUGGCUAAAGCCAUGGAAGAUAGCAAUCUGAAAGGCAUACGGUGUAUGGCACACACAAUUCAACUGGCGGUCAACAAGGGACUGUUGAGUCAGCGCAGUAUAGAAGAUGUGAUAGCUAUAGGCAGGAAAAUUGUUGGCCAUUUUAAACAUUCACCGCUUGCCUAUUCGCGCCUACAAUCUAUCCAAGAACAGUUCGGAAUGCCACAAAAACGUUUCCAACAAGAUGUGAGCACAAGGUGGAACAGUACAUAUUAUAUGCUGGAAAGCCUUUUUGCGCAAAAGCGAGUCUUGGCUACAUACAUAGCAGAUCAUGACCUGCCCGCGACAUUCACCGCAUACCAGUGGGUGUUAAUCGAGAACGUUCUCUCUCUUCUCGCCCCCUUUGAGCAGAUAACAAAAGAGAUAAGCUCAUCUGAUGCAUCUGUGGCAGACGUCAUACCCUUACUUGCAGCACUAAAGCGUCUUUUAAACAAAGAGGCUGAAACAGACCACGGAGUAAAAACAACUAAAAGUGCGCUCUUAGAAGCUGUCAGCUCACGAUUUAGUCAGGCGGACUCAGAACCCCUGUACUGCAUCGCGACUGUGCAUGAUCCACGAUAUAAACAUCAUUACUUGGAUGUGGGGAAAAAGAUGCGCACACGAGAAAUGAUCCAGGCCGAGUUGGAUUUGGGAAAGCCGCUAGGUGAUGGAGACGGUCAGGUGAUGCACAGCGCAGGAGAUGAAAACAGCGCAGAGAGUAAACGGGCUCGUACUACAGAUGAGCCGCGCACAGUCUCGCUGUCUGACAUGUUCGAUGAGAUCCUCCAAGAGAAUAACCCAUUUGCAAGACAGAGGACAAGCUCGACCGCUCAACAGUUAGAUGGGUAUCUCUCAGAAGUCCCCAUCCCCAGGAGCAAUAACCCUCUCGAAUUUUGGAGGACCAAUCAAGGCCGCUUUCCCGACUUGGCGCAGAUGGCACGCAGGUACUUGUCUGCUCCAUGCACAAGCACCGACAGUGAGAGACUGUUUAGUGCUGCAUCUCAUGUCAUCGAUGAGAAAAGGAACCGACUUUCAUGUGAGAAAGCAGAGAAGCUACUUUUCAUAAAGAAGAACCUGCCACUUUUCCUGAAGAAGUAGGCUAAGUAGGCUUAUGUCUAGGACAGUUAUUCAUUUGUUGUGGGUUCAUCCACAUUUUUUGCACUAUUCAAUGCACAUUUGUUGUUGUAGACAUACAGAGUUACAUUCUUUCAGCAGUCAGUUAUAGGCCUAACAUAGGCUAUCAAGAAGGGGGGCUGGCUUCAAAAAUGGCCAAUUUUUUUUUUACUAAUUUAUUUAUUUUAAGUUAUAUUGUGCUUUGUUUGUAUAAUAUUUGCUGGAAUGUUCAAAAAUGUUCAGUGUUAAAUAAAUAUUUUGAAAUUGUAUUUUUGCUAUUUGAUUUAUUUAUCUGAAAAGCAACACAAAAUAGUAAAAAGCAA